GGUAAAUAACUAGGCCGUCUCACUGAUAAACACGGUAGGUGCAGUCUAUGCGCAACUAUACACCAAUACACGGCAGACAUUUUGUGUAAUAUUGUAGGUACAGGACAUUGAAGACGAUACAAUGGACGUCCUCGGUAUAUCCAUACCUGUCUGGGGGAGUCUGAUAUUGGUAGCGAGCCUCCUGUAUACAUUUAUGAUGAGUCGACACUUCUGGACAUUCAAGAGAAUGGGAGUACCAGGACCGACACCUCGACCAAUUCUAGGUAACUUGGUGGCCUUGGUGAAGCAGGGUAUCCGUGAGUUUGACCGGAAGGGACUCCAGAAAUAUGGAAAAGUGUUUGGAUAUUACGAUCCACUGUCCAUGAACCUGGUGGUCGCAGAUAAAGAGAUGCUGAGGGAAAUCUUUGUGAAGCACUUCAAUAACUUUUCAGAUAGAAGGACGCUUGACGGAUUCAAUGGAGAUUUGGAAGCAGGACUUUUCAAUGUUAAAGGAGACCACUGGAAACACAACAGGAGUAUCAUUUCUCCAGCAUUCUCAUCUGGAAAGCUCCGUCAGAUGGUGCCACUAAUCCAGGAAGCAUGCAACACUCUUGUGAAGACAGCCCGGAAUGUCAUAAAAACAGGGGACAAUGGCCAAGUCGAAAUGAGAAGGUUAUUUUCUGGAUACACAAUGGAUGUGAUCAGUUCCACGGCUUUCGGUAUCCAAGUAGAUUCCCAGGAGAACCCGGAUGAUCUCUAUGUGAUGCAUGCUAAAAAGAUGUUUGACGUCUCACAGGCAAAUCCGUGGAUGAUCAUCGUGUUGUUAUUUCCAAUGCUACAGCCUUUGUUACUGAGACUUGGAUUCAGUCUGUACCCUCAUGAUAGCAUGGCCUACUUCCGCAAACUUACUACUCAGUUACUAGAGGCAAGAAGAAACAGGGAGGUAGGACGCAAGGAUUUUCUCCAGCUGAUGAUCGACGCUCAGGAAGGGAGAUUGGAAAAGGACCCCGAGGAUGAGAAUGCAAAAGAACUGAACGUUUUUAAUCCCGAUAGCGUCCAUAAGAAAGGUCUGACGUUUGACGAAAUCCUGGCAAAUGCACAAUUGUUCUUUGUUGCGGGGUACGAAAGCACGUCAAUUGUACUUACAAUGACAGCAUACAACCUCGCUACUCAUCCAGAGUGUCAAGACAAAUUGCGACAGGAAAUUCAGGAAAAGAUUGGAUUGGGACCAAUCGACUCUGAGAACAUCAAGAAACUGCAGUAUCUCGAUAUGUGUAUCAAUGAAACUCUACGAAUGUAUCCAACGGCGAUAAGAUUAAACAGACUGUGUGUUAAAACAACAAAGGUCAAGGACAUCACGAUACCAGCCGGGAUGGUCGUGACUAUACCAGUAUAUAUGCUCCAUCAUGACCCGGAAGUUUGGGAGAAACCGGAUGUUUUUAAUCCAGAAAGGUUUUCGCCAUCUGAGCGAGUACACCACGACCCGAUUGACUUCCUACCUUUUGGAUAUGGUCCCCGUAACUGUAUCGCCAUGAGACUAGCUUUAAUGGAGACUAAAAUGGCAACUGUUGAUCUCGUGCGAAAAUUCCGGAUUGGUGUCGGCGACAAAACUGACAUUCCACCGAAACUUGUUGACAAGGUUGUAUUGAAGCCCCUAUACAUGUGGCUGAAGCUAGAAGAACUCUAGAUCAGAUGUUGACAAUUGGAAGGAAUUGUAUCGCUUUUUAUGUAAACACUGACAGAUACAGUAUCCGCUAGACAUAUAACCAGAACGCUAGAAUAUUUACAAUAUGCAUUUUAAUAUAAACACAUACUGAUCAGUUUCCCUUAGACCUAGAAUGGGAAAGCUAGAACGACGUAUUAUAUGGUUUUAAUAUAAACACUUACUGAUACAGUAUUCCCUUGACCUGAAAAGGACAUGCUAGAACGACGUAUCAUAUGCAUUUUUAUAAACAAUGACUGAUGUAUUUAAAAAAAAUAUUGUGAUGACUUUUCAACCUGGGUGUCACCACGGUGGGCCCUAUAGAAAACACCACACAACACAGAGGUACAAAAUAAUACAAGGUUUAUUCUUACACUUUACACAUUGCUUAUAGGUACAAUAAUAGUUGUGUCGGUGAAGUCAACCGCAGAUUCUACCACACUCCCAUCAAGGGAUUCUCACCCUGGGUAGAAGUUACCAAGUUCUGGGGUGGCCAUCACUGUUGGUAAACUCACUCCUAACUGAGCCUGCGACAUGUUGUCUGCUCCACUCGCUGUACUGUUACUAACUGAGGUCUGCUAUCGAUCUGCCUGUCCACACUGGGUGCCUGACCCCUGAUGCACAUGCUUGACCCCGGGUAGGCAGUCAAGCAUGACACAGGUGAACCAGUCACCAGAGUGACCAAUGCUGUAGCAGACGACAGAUUAUAUCACAUAUAAACCAACAUAAAUUAACUCAUUAGUUAACACAGAUGACUAAUUGCACUUACAUGUGACCGUAAAAUAAUUAAUUUGUUACAAUAUAAUCACUGACUCAUAUAGUAUACCUAGACCUAUAACGGACACCAUGCUGUUAAAAUGAUGAUGAAAGGUGAUGCUUUAGGGUAGAUUCUGAGCCAAAUUCAUACAAGGAAUAUAUAACAUAUAUUUUCGAGUGCUAUAAUAACUGAUUUUGGAUUUGAUUGACAUUUAAUUCAAAAGAAUGAUAUCUUAAUUUGACAAUUAUUGUCAUUGUUAACGUCUGUUAUUUUUUGAGAAAGUGACAUGGCCUUGACGACAUGUAUUUGUGCUGCUUACUCCUCAGAAUGUCUGGUCUUCUUGUACUGUUUAAUGCUUUCCAUGUUAAUCUAUGUUUUGUUCAUAUUUUGCCCUUAGUUAAACGUUAAAAGAGGUGUUUCUUUUCAACGCACAGAGGAACAAUAAAAUUGUACAGUAUGCUU